ACAACGAUCUAGCAGAAAACAUCGCUGUCCACUUUGAAUGCGUAGAGGAUAUCGUUGUAUGAUGCAAACAAGUCCUGACUAUGAAAAGGAGCUCAUAUGGCUUCUACGACCACCUUGAACAACUGGCUUGAUCAGCUUGCCCUCUCCCUUGUGCCAACAUCCACAAAACCUACAGAUAUACGCAAGCACAAGGAGGCUUUUGCUCGCAGAGUCAAACAUCAUCCUUAUGGACGGACAAACCAGUUCGCUGUCGCUGAAAAGCUUACUGGUCUUGAGGAGAAAUUUCAGGUCUUGAAUCUUGACGACCUUGCUGAAGCAAUCUACACAAGGCGUCAGGAAUUAGGAAAGCACGACCAACGUUGGAUUCCAGAUUUCUUGGAUCUUUUGCUGCAUCUAUCCCAUGAUCCUGUGAGGAACAGCCGGAUUCAGAAUCUCCCUGGGUUCCAGGCUCGAUCAGAAACUCCUCCGGCCCAGAAAUGGGCUGAUAUCGAGGCCGAAGACCCGAUCGAUCGGCAGAGCCAGAUAUGGAGUGUCCCCGAAUUCAGUGAUUUCAGUUCUGACGAGGAUGAGAUUGUGAUUGGAAGUACUACAACAACCCCAGCAAGUGUUAAACUGAGCCAGGAGGAUCAGGUUGGUUUUGAAAGGAUUUUCGACCGUGGAGAUGCUCAAGAUGAGCUCUCUGUACCUUCCCGGCUCGAGUCGGCACAAUACUGGCGCCAAUCGGAUGAAGCUGUCGCGAUCACAGAGCGACAGGCUAUAAAAGAAGUACUAUUCAUGCUUAGCGGUUUACCAACUUCGAUUUUCACCAUAUCUGAUCGUGGAAUCCAUCCCGAAUCUCGAUAUUGUGUAGGCCACCUCGAAAGACAGACUUCGGAGUCAAUCCUGCAUGAGGCGGCACUUGUCGGUACAGAUGUCGCAUGUGUCCGUCGGUGGCUGUCAAUACGACAACACGGCAGCGUGAUGCAGCUUGUUCACAACGGCAUAGAACAAGUCUGGGAAAGGUUCGAGCACGUCAUAACCCGUAUGCAGGACGAUAUUUUACACGAAGUCUCGCCAGACGGUGUCGUUAGUCUCUUACGAGCACUGCAAGCUGUUGAGCAGAAAAUCAUGCCUUUGAAGGCCAUAGUAGCCGUGAUUCCAUGGCUGGCACAGGAUGACCCAGUCUCGGCUCUAAACACCCUUUACCACCGCAUCGAUCAGGCCUACGCUUGCGGUAAUACUGUGGCCCUGGAGACUCUCACACCUAUCUUUAUUUCAGCAUCGAGACUCUAUGCGAGGCCAAUCGAUACGUGGCUCCUGACAGGUGAAGUCAAACCCGCAGGCUCAUUCUUCGUCAAUGAGACUAGCAAGCCACGCAAUGCGACUACAUUAUGGCACGACUGGUUUGUCUUGUCAGAAGAUGACAAAGCGAUACCGAUGUUCAUACGAAAUUUCGUCAAGCACAUCUUUGCGGGUGGUAAAACUGCUGCGUUUUUACAGCACCUACGGCAACUUCCGAUGGAGAACGGCAGCGAGACCCUCGGAAUUUGUGGAGCGUUGACUGAGACAGCUCAGCUGCUUGAAGUAUCGCCUCUACCAUUGUCGGCGACUCUGGAAGGUGUCUUGAGCCAGCAUCUGACCAGCGUCCUGGUCACCUCUACAGAAGCUCUAAAAGAAAUCCUCGAAACAAACUGUGGUCUCAACAAAUUACUCGACACCUUUGACUAUCUGUACCUGGGCAAAGUCGGCCUAAUCCUUGAUAACAUGGACAACCGCUUGUUCGACCAGAUCGAUCGCUGUAUUGAAAUGUGGAAUGAUCGCUUCCUCGUCGCAGAUCUGGUUGCAGAGGCCUAUCAAGACGUCGAGUGCAUUGACCCGGACUCCAUCACUAUCGAAUCCGCGUACAGGUCGUCCAGAAGCAUGGAAAGUCGGCGCCGCUCAGUCAGGAUCCUUGCGGCGUUGACAAUCUCGUAUCACCUACCCUGGCCUAUGGCGAACAUUAUCUCGCCGGCUUGUAUCGUCUCGUACCAACGCAUCGCUCUGACGCUCAGCCAGAUCCGUCGAGCAAGACAUGUGCUCGAGCGCCGAGCGUAUUUUCACGUUCAGAAUAGUCCGCUGGGCACUGAACCGAAUGAUCAGAAAAUCGCGCGAGCGGUCUAUAUGACGCUGGCACACUUUGUCAACGUGCUGUAUGCACAUUUGACGUACUGUACCAUCGGGCCUCUGACGCGGAAUAUGCGCGUACACCUCACUGCUCCCACGACAGGAAGUGUCGACGACAUGAUUGGCAUACACGCUCGUUACAUUCACAACCUCGAGCACGCUUGUCUGAGCAGCACACGGAUCAAACCUUUACGGGAUGCACUAAUAACUAUUCUAGACCUAUGCAUUCGUUUCGCGGAUCUUGUGUCCUCACCUGCCUCAGCAGGUCGUGUGGGCUCAAUGGGCUUUGAAGCUAGCUCUUUCACUUCGGCGCGGACUCAGCGCCGGAGGAGACGUGCACAUCCACAACAGGAUGAGUCGUCUUCCGACGAAGAUCAAGGGGAAGACGGUAUGCGCGAGGGGUAUUCUACAUUUCUGCUUGAUGGUGAUACGUCCGUCAUGCAGGAGAUUAAUAAACUCCGUGAGGCGUUCGGCAAGCACGUCAUAUUUCUGCUCGCUGGGCUGAGAGGCGUCGCGAGGAACUCGGGCGAUGUUGGUGAUGGGUUGGAAUUGCUUGCUGAUAGUCUGGAGGGGGUCUUCCCCAGGAAAAAGAAUGCGUUCUAUUGACCUUUCAUUGUCACAGACGCCUACUACGCUUUGACGUAAGACGGUCUGAUAUCUAGCCUAAUUCUGGGGUAUCAAGUAUUCUUCUCUUGACAAUGGAAAUCAAGAUCAGCG